ACUGCCUUACACAGUGAUAGAGAGGAGGAGGAGGGAUGGAAAGCGCAUCCUCACAUCUAUCAGGGACUUAGACACCAUCCUGAGUGAAGUGAAGUGAUCACCCUCUACUCACCUGCUCUCACACUAGUGUCCCUCUGUGAUCACAGCCUGGUCUGGACCAGGGAGAUUCCCUCUACACCUAUACCACAGACUUCAAAACCUCUGGAAAACCCACUGGCUAACUAUCCUCAGCAGUGUGUAUCUUGUCCUGCUCAGCCAGUGGAAAUACCCAGUGUAACUGGUCUAUGUGGACCUGUUCACGUCUGGAUCUGCUUAACUGAUGUCUCCUCACUAAAACAACUGGGAUAUCCAGAAAGGACGAAUCAUAAAAUCCUGGUCUCUUUGAAUUGGACUGGACAUAUCAUAAUCUCAUAUGGGACAUAUCCAACAUGAUGACAAGUACGUGAAAAGAGAAGAAAGUUAACAUUGCAAUGGGGCCUGCUGCUGUAGUGAUGCCUCUGACUAGUUUUCUGUGAAAUAUGGAGAAAUCUGGUCCGAUGCUGGCCUCUAUUCCCAAUCGCACAGGGGCCAACCUCACAACUGGUCUAUGGGGACCCAACCCCACAGUCCCUGCAGAGGUGGGAGUGGUCACCAGCUCCCAGUCUCAGAUCAAAGAUCUGAUUGGGCUGUUUGCAAUGGUGACCCUUAAUCUCAUUGCCCUAUUGGCCAACACUGGAGUCAUGGUGGCCAUCGCCCGCGCCCCUCACCUGAAGAGGUUUGCCUUUGUGUGCCACCUGUGUGCAGUGGACCUGCUGUGUGCCAUCCUCCUCAUGCCCCUGGGCAUCAUCUCCAACUCACCCUUCUUUGGCACCGUGGUGUUCACCGUGUUGGAAUGCCAGGUCUACAUCUUCCUCAACGUGUUCCUCAUCUGUGCCUCCAUCCUCACCAUCACUGCCAUCAGUGUGGAGCGCUACUACUACAUCGUCCAUCCCAUGCGCUACGAGGUGAAGAUGAGCAUCAAUCUAGCCAUCGGCAUAAUGCUCCUCAUAUGGGUCAAGUCCAUCCUUCUGGCCCUGGUCACCCUGUUUGGUUGGCCUGCCUACGGGGCCCACAGCUCCAUCGCUGCCAACCACUGCUCCCUCCACUGGAGCCACAGUCGGUUGAGGAAGGUGUUCGCCGUGCUCUUCAGCGUGGUGUGUUUCCUGUUACCUGCCAUUGUCAUCUUUGCUGUCUACUGUAACGUGUACAAGGUGGCGCGCUCGGCUGCCCUGCAGCACGCACCAGCGACAACCACCUGGGCCUCGUCCAACCCAGCCAAACGUGCCAACCGUUCUGACUCCAUCAACAGCCAGACCACCAUCAUCACCGCCACACGCAGCCUGCCCCAGAGACUGUCCCCUGAGAGGGCAUUCAGCGGGGGUAAGGCUGCCCUCACCCUGGUGGUCAUUGUGAGCCAGUUCCUGCUCUGCUGGCUGCCUUACUUCUCCUUCCACCUGCACUUGUCCUUCAGAUCGUCCCUGCAGAGUCCCGGGGACGUGGAGGAGGCCGUCACCUGGCUGGCCUACUCCUCCUUUGCUGUCAACCCUUUCUUUUAUGGCCUUCUCAACAGACAGAUCAGGGAGGAGUUGGUCAAGUUCCGGCGCUGCUGCUCCUCUGGGCCGGUGGAGCUGGUGGCCUCCAGCCAUGAGGGCUCCUUUCAGGAGAACUUCCUCCAGUUCAUUCAGAGAACCAGCAGCAUGGCCGACAAGCGCUCCAGCUGCACCAACUCCAGCCCCAGGAACACUCUGGACCAGGGAAUCAGAAUACCUGGCCAGAUACCAGAGGAGCAUGGCUAAACAGAGGACAGUGGAUAGCACACUUCAAUUUGGACUGUUAAUAUGACAGCCAUCGGUACUCGUAGCACCCUGAGUUUUUCCUGAUUAUGUGUCCUGACCAGGAAAACUAUAGGGCCCUGAGAUUUUUCAAGUCAGAUCAUGUGGUUGGUAAAAACUCAAGCCCCUACUCAUAAGCUGUACAUAAUAUGCCUCUGAGUAGGUGUCCAUUAUUUAUUGGUAUGGGAUUCAUUCAGGUAAUGUCUCCAACACAAGACCAGUGUUUUAAUGUGAAAUAUGAAAUUAUUGUGACAGAAUUUCAUUGACUUUACCAUUGUUUCAUGACAGGCCUAAACCGAAACAUUCUGUUACAGUCUCCAUAUAUACUUCCAUUCAUUUUUUCAGCUGGUACCAAGGGACCUUCAGAUGAGUUUUGUAAGGCCUGUGGCCUCAACAUCAUGUUCGUUAGUCUCAUCUUUCCAUAGUUUGUAAGCCAAACCGUUGGUACGCUACAGAUGAUUUUGUGAGCAGACCGAUUUUCGGGAUUGUCUCGUGGUCUGACAAACAUCGCUCAAGUUUUGUCACCUUUCACCACAGAUGCAGAAUUGUGAUAUAGGCAGAUGUGGUGGAUUGAGAGGCAUCCGAUCCCAAAACAAACACAUUCCUAGCUUAAAUUGACAUAUUUUUAUGGGGAUUGUUUUAUUAUUACAAUUAGACUGACACAGGGGCGCGGACAUCGACCUUAGGGGGUUAAAGUGUAUGCUUGUUUCAUAUAAUGUUGUAUGAAUUAUAAACUCAGCAAAAAAAGAAACGUCCUCUCACUGUCACCUGCGUUUAUUUUCAGCAAACUCAACAUUUGUAACUAUUUGUAUGAACAUAAGAUUCAACAACGGAGACAUAAACUGAACAAGUUCCACAGACAUGUGACUAGUCCCUGAACAAAGGGGGGGUCAAAAUCAAAAGUAACAGUCAGUAUCUGGUGUGGCCACCAGCUGCAUUAAAUACUGCCGUGCAUCUCCUCCUCAUGGACUGCACCAGAUUUGCCAGUUCUUGCUGUGAGAUGUUACCCCACUCUUCCACCAAGGCACCUGCAAGUUCCUGGACAUUUCUGGGGAGAAUGGCCCUAGCCCUCACCCUCCAAUCCAACAGGUCCUAGACGAACAGUAUGGCUGGUGGCAUUGUCAUGUCAGGAUGAGCCAGGAUGUCAGGAUGAGCCUGCAGGAAGGGUACAACAUGAGGAGAGGGUGUCUUCCCUGUGAUGCACAGCGUUGAGAUUGCCUGCAAUGACAACAAGCUCAGUCCGAUGAUACUGUGACACACCGCCCCAGACCAUGACGGACCCUCCACCUCCAAAUCGAUCCCGCUCCAGAGUACAGGCCUCGUGUAAUGGUCAUUCCUUCAACGAUAAACGCAAAUUCGACCAUCACCCCAUGUGAGACAAAACCGCGACUCGUCAGUGAAGAGUACUUUUUGCCAGUCCUGUCUGGUCCAGCGACGGUGGGUUUGUCCCCAUAGGCAACGUUGUUGCACGUGAUAUCUGGUGAGGACCUGCCCUACAACAGGUCUACAAGCCCUCAGUCCAGCCUCUCUCAGCCUAUUGAGGACAGUCUGAGCACUGAUGGAGGGAUUGUGCAUUCCUGGUGUAACUCGGACAGUUGUUGUUGCCAUCCUGUACCUGUCCCGCAGGUGUGAUAUUGGGAUGUACCGAUCCUGUGCAGGUGUUGUUACACGUGGUCUGCCACUGCGAGGAUGAUCAGGUGCCGUCCUGUGUCCCUGUAGCGCUGUCUUAGGCGUCUCACAGUACAGACAUUGCAAUUUAUUGCACUGGCCACAUCUGCAGUCCCCAUGCCUCCUUCCAGCAUGCCUAAGGCACGUUCACACAGAUGAGCAGGGACCCUGGGCAUCUUUCUUUUGGUGUUUUUCAGAGUCAGUAGAAAGGCCUCUUUAGUGUCCAAAGUUUUCAUAACUAUGACCUUAAUUGCCUACCAUCUGUAAGCUGUUAGUGUCUUAACGACCGUUCCACAGGUGCAUGUUCAUUCAUUGUUUGGUUCAUUGAACAAGCAUGGGAAACCGUGUUUAAACCCUUUACAAUGAUGAUCUGUGAUGUUAAUUGAAUUUUUAGGAAUGAUCUUUUUUUGCUCAGUUUAUAUUCUGAAAUAACAUUUAUGGACGUGUUUACUCAUGUUUCCAAUGAACAGGAAAAAAGGUAUUGGAAUACUUUCCUAUUUUAAAAUUGUACAGCAGGAAUGUAAAGCUUCUAAUUAACUUUCUCUCAUUAACACAUUAUUUAAAUAAAGCAUAAUUACAAGAGUAACAACAAUAGAUUUAUCUUUUCUAAUAAUUACAAUAAUUAAAACCAUCUUACAGUGAAAAACUGUGUGUCAUGUGCAAGUAUAUAUUAAUGCAAGGGAUAAAAGGUCAAACUAGUAUAAAACAUCAAAACAGCAACAUGGAGAUUUAAAAAUGGAACCAUCCACCAUGAAGCUGAGGGAUGCCUUAAAUGUCGUCUGUGCCUGUCGUCAUGGAAAUGCAGUGAGGCAGUAGGCAUGGACACAGCAACAAGGUCCUCUGCUGCAGUGCUGGAUGCUAGACUUUUGAUCCAGUUUGGGAGAGCAUAGAGCGAAAGAGAGAGAGGCCUGAACCUGCUCUUGACAUUACACAGGCUGUGUGUCUCAUUACCCACAGCCUAUAGCUACAGACAUACAGCAUGACAGAGCUUAUUAUCAUCUGAAUAAAGCCAGUGAAAAAGACAGGCCAGCAUGAGACUUCUCAGUGAUUGAAUCUACCUGACUACAUAUAGUAGCCCUACUGAAGAGCUCAGUGACUUUCAACUUGGAACAGUCAUAGGAUGCCACCUUUCCAACAAGUCAGUUCAUCAAAAUUCAGCCCUGCUAUGGCUGCUCCGGUCAACUGUAAGUGAUUCUUAUUGUGAAGUGGAAACAUCUAGGAGCAACAAUGGCUCAGCCGGGGUGGUAGGCCACACAAGCUCACCGAAUGGGCCGCCGAGUGCUGAAGCAUGUAAUGUGUAAAAAUCGUCUGUACUCAGUUGCAAAACUUACUACAGAGUUCCAAACUGCCUCUGGAAGCAACGUCAGCACAAUAACUGUUCGGCGGGACAUUCACAAAAUGGGUUUCCAUGGCCGAGCAGCCGCACACAAUCCUAAGAUCAUCAUGUGCAAUGCAAAGUGUCGGCUGGAGUGGUGUAAAGCUCGCCGCCAUUGGACUAUGGAGCAGUGGAAAUGUAUUCUCUGAUGAAUCACGCUUCACCAUCUGGCAGUCCUACGGACUAAUCUGGGAUUGGCGGAUGCCAUGAGAACGCUACCUGCCCCAAUGCAUAGUGCCAACUGUAAAGCUUGGUGGAGGAGGAAUAAUGGUCUGGGGCUAUUUUUCAUGUUUCGGGCUAGGGCCACCUUAAUUCUACAGCAUACAAUGACAUUCUAGACGAUUCUAUGCUUCCAACUUUGUGGCAACAGCCUGGGGAAGGCCCUUUCCUGUUUCAGCAUGACAAUGCCCCAGUGCACAAAGUGAGGUCCAUACAGAAAUGGUUUGUCGAGAUCGGUGUGGAAGAACUUGACUGGCCUGCACAGAGCCCUGACCUCAGCCCCGUCGAACACCUUUGGGAUGAAUUGGAACGCAGACUGCGAGCCAGGCCUAAUUGCCCAACAUCAGUGCCCGACCUCACUAAUGCUCUUGUGGCUGAAUUGAAGCAAAUCUCCGCAUAAUGUUCCAAGACCUAGUGGAAAGCCUUCCCAGAAGAGUGGAGGCUGUUAUAGCAGAAAAGGGGGGACCAACUCCAUAUUGAUGCCCAUGAUUUUGGAAUGAGAUGUUCGACGAACAGGUGUCCACAUACUUUUGGUCAUGUAGUGUAUUUCAUCCGUUAAAACAUGUUUAAAUUAUUUAUUUAAAGGUAGACUCAGCGAUAUUACAUAGAUGCAUUAAGUAAACAGCAUAGUAGGUCAAUUUCCGGAACAACUAAGAACGUUGAACAGGCGCAACUUCUCUGCUGUUUUGGUUGCCUGGCUACCACACUGUACCAACGUGAAGUGAACCCGUGCACAUGCGAAUAUACUGUGUAUGACGGUUUGUGAGUGCAGUCUUUCAUCUCACUCAUCUCAAUAUCUGCGGUGCUGCUUGUGGCAAUGUCUUUUCGCUGAGUCUAUCUACCUUUAUGUACAUUAUUUAUUGAAAUGUCUUUUAAAAUACCGGUCCAAUGCAUCCUGGGAUCAGACAUACACACUGGAGAUCUACUAAUGCGUCUAAAGGUUAAGCAGAUGUUCCCCUUAAAUCACCCGGGAAGCCAAAACUGGUAGGGGGUAAUGUGCUCAGAGCAAGUUCAAACAGAGUUGUCUAUUUGAACCUGUAGUCAGCUGGAGUUCCUGGCCCAAAGCCCCUCUCCAUGAUGAUCUACAAAGAUGAUAUAGAGUAGUGUCUGGCAAAGGUGAGGGCCACAAAGGGCUGCCUGCUAGCUUAGUAGUUGUAUAAUUCAAUGUUUCUAUACGCACAUUACUUAAUUACAGUGCCUUCAGAAAGUAUUCACACCCAUUGACCUUUUCCACAUUUUGUUGUUUAGUCUGAAUUUAAAAUUGAUUAAAAAUAAUAACAAUGUGUCACUGGCUUACACACAAUACCCCAUAAUGUAAAAGUGGAUUUAUUUUUAUUUUUAUGUUUACAAAUUGAUACAAAAUAAAAGCUGAAAUGUCUUG